AUGUCGGCCGCGGUGAUCGGACAGCUCCUGUCGGCAUGUGCCGGAGCUUACUCGGCUGCCUCGUCGGCUGUGUGGUGGGCAGCUUCUUUGCGGCCGACGUGCAAGGAAAGUUUGACGCACGCAGCCCUCACGUGCAGUGGAGCCACGCCCCGGUACUUCACUCCGGGCUUCGGGCCGCUUACGCUUGCUUGGGGAUGGCUGCUGUUGGGCAUCCUUCUUGGGUUGCUCUUUCGCCGCGCGGCGGCCGCGAUGGUCGCCUUAGCCGGUGGACGCCCUGCAGACGAAACCAAGUACAGCUGGGACGCCCUGCUGCGCGAACUGUCAGCCCGCACGCGGGACCCACGCAGGCACGAGGUGUUACACUACUUGCUGCAAGGGGGCGAAGCAGCGGUGCGCGAGUUGUCGCAUGCAACGAACCGCACACCUGCAGCGCUGAUAGCGCGCCUCCUCAACGACAGCACGCCGGUGACAGACGCCGUGGCCCCGCGCCCCACUCACGAGCGCGCCCGCUCGCCGACGCAGCGGGCGUCAGUAACGCUGCCGCGGGAAGCAUGCAGGCGUGCCGGGCGGCAAGCAGCAGGCUCGGGCGACGUCCGCAAAUGGACGCCGCACCCGCACCGCGGCAGGCGAGUUGGGGAGGCUGCGCACCCUGGGCCGCCGUCCGACGACCUCGAGCUGCGCCGACAGCGUGCGCUGCAUGCCCUCGGGCAGAUGCAAUUGUUGGCGCCAAGCACCCGCCCGGCCGCAUUACGCGACCACCACGCAGACGCGGAUGCUGCUGAAGCCGUCUCGGACACGCUCAGUGCGACCACCGCUUUCGCCUCUCCGCGGGGAAAUGCCCCCCAACCACCACUUUCGGGAGCGAUGGCUCAUGGCACCGGAAGAAGCGACACCAGGCUUCACACCACCACCUUCACCGGAUCAGCGCGCACGCUCCCCGGCUUCUGGACACGAGCCCCUGCCCUGGCAAGAUGCCCGCCCGCCGAGCUCCUUGGCUGGCGAGCGCAAUUCAUGGCUGUACAUAUCAUUGCUGCAUGCUGGGGCAGGCAACUUGACCGCGCGCUCACCGAGCCACCUCAGCGGAAGAUCGAGCAGUGGCGGCAAGUCUCAGGAGCUGCUCGGCUGGGAGCGGCCCCCAGAACUCGGCCAGUCUUGGCCUUGGCAGCGGCGGCCGCAGGCGAGGACGACGAGGAGGACAACGGCGGAGGCGCGGUUGCCGCGGAGCCCGACGACCCCCUCAGCAAGCUCCUCUUGCAGCAGACCAAGAUUCUUGGUCAGCUGGCGUCGGCGAGCAAGAGGAAUGCAGAUCCUUUGCAGAGUCUCCUCGGCGGUGGCAGCGGCAGCACCGAGGACGAGCCCCGGGUGCCGGGAGUCAGAGGUAUGGCAGCGCGGCAACUCCUCAUCGAGCAGUUCGAGGCCCACCCGGAGAAAGUGGUGAUGCGUGUGCGGGAAAGGCUGGCAGCUGCCCGCCGGAAGAGCUCCCCGAGCGACUUGGAACCCAGGGACAUGUACUUGCAUUUUCAGGAGACGGUUCCGUUGGGGAGCUUCCGCACUCUGAGCUACUUUUCAUUCCUGCUGGCGGAGAUGUGGGAAGCCGCCGAAAGGGGCCAAGCAGCUCACAUGAUGUCCCUAGUGGCUUUGGGCCUCGUGUUCGCCGAACAGGUGGCACACGAACAAGGACAUACGAGACUGGGGUGGCUAUUGACCGGUCGCCCCGAUCCUCCGUUUGCUUUGGUGGAGCAGCGCAGAGCUCCACGGCAGGAAGUGGCCCACGGCAUGUUAUCGGAUACGAGGUGGGUGACAGCUCAGCUGGCUUACUUGAAGGAUGCCGACAUGAUCUCCGAAAGGACAGCAAGAGCUCAUGGCGCCCCGAGCGCCCCGAGCGGAGGAACACCGAGCACACCCGAACUACCCCCGAAGGGCCGAGGCCGCGGUCGCAGACGCGGCGGCAAAGAGAGUGCAGAGGAGCAGGUUUUUGCCCAGAUGCAGGUCCAGACUUUCCAAUUUCAUUCAAUAUUCUUUGGCACAAUAUUCUUCGAACUUGGCCUCGCCCAGACGCCUUUGGGUGGUCGGCGCGGGGCGCGGUGGAAGGCAAGAAGCCUCUCACGACUGGUGUGUCGCCACUUUGUUGCAGCGUGUAACUGGCUUGUCGUGAACCGUGCUGAUGUGCCUCCCGCUGCCCUGCCGCCUCCCUCCAGCCAGCAGAGUCGUAUGAUUGAGCGGCUGGAGGCGCAAGCCUCUACUUGGAUUCGCUUGAGUCACGGACUCAAAUGCCAACUUUCCCGAGCUGUGCAGAAGUAUGAUUCCAUCAGCAGUCAAUUGGAGCAGCUACAUGUGAUGAGUCAGCGUUUGCAUGCAGAUUUGCUUCCCUACAGCAAGCCGUCUCGAGGCCCACCGGUGGAGCCAUCGGGCUUUGGCGCGAGUGAGGCUCACGCCGCGGAGCCCCGUAGCACAAGUGGCGCUGGCACUGCCAUUGGCAAGACUGCACCCAUUCAGGGCAACAUGGCUAUCGAUCCUACCCGGUUAAAGUUUGAGGUCCCCCCGAAGUUCAAAGCCGAGAAAUUCCUCGUGGACCCUCUGCUUAGGGCUGGCCUUCGAGACCCCAGAGCUUUCCGGAAGCCCUCUUCCGAAUGGGUGCAGCCACGCCUUGCCAGAGUGCAGGCCAACCGGGCUGAUCAGCUGGAGCUUUAUCGGAAGUGGGAUAGCGUGCACCAGUUGUUCUUGAUUCCAGCUUCGGAAAGCGAGUACAGGUAUCGUUGUGGUCUAUUCGCGGUGUACAAGAAUGAGCAGACCGAUAGACAGAUUUUGAAUCCUAUCCCGGAGAAUUCAAGGUCUUUUUCUGUCUCAGAGAGUACCCGUACACUGGCCCACAGCAGCUUACUUUGUCAGUUAUAUAUUCCUCGGGAUCAAGCCCUGGUUAUAAAUUCUGACGACAUCUCAGAUUUCUACCACAACUUCCGAGUAUCCAGCCAGCAUGCAGCCCGCAAUCAUGUGCACGGCGUUUUCGAAGGCCGAAGUUUUGCUGGAUGGAAUGCAUAUCGCCCCGAGCUUCACGAUAAGGAGGUCAUUGGUUGUUUUCGCACAUUGGCUAUGGGUACCAACUUCGCUGUAGAAUUAGCGCAGCACUCUCAUGCAGUAUUGCUUUACAGAGCAGGUUGUCUCCGUGAACAUGAAACCGUCCGGUAUCGGCAUGCUUUGCCGGCUGGACCAGGGUUCGACCUAUUGUGCAUAGAUGACCACAUUUACCUUCUGCUCAUUCCUUUGAAUUCGGUGGCUUUGCCUCCUCAGCCUGACAGACGUGAUGCUCGGCUUUUGCUUCAAGCUGCGGAUGCCUAUGCCCGAGAGGGGCUGCGGGUAUCUGCCAACAAAGCUGUGCGGAAUGUGUUCAGGAGCGUGGUGUUAGGAGGUGAGUUGGACGGCAUCCGCGGUGAUUUGACAGCACCACGAUUGCGCAUCGUAGCUCUUGGAGCGCUGACCUUUCAGACUGUGGUGUUAGGAUGUUGCACUAAGGAGCUGCUGCAGCAGGAGCUGCUGUUCAUGGUGUUGGCAGGGCCAUUUAUUGUUACUGAUCUCCGAGCGGAGCUGGUGGAACUGAGGUCUUCCUCCGCUGAGGCUCCGCUGUGGCUUCGCCGUUUCUCUGCUGGCGACAAGACCUACUUCAAGGCUGUCAGACUGGCAGAUGAUAUCGCAGGGCCGUUAGGAGGGCUAACUGCCGUGGUGGCCAGGCGCCGGGAGCAGCUUUACCACGACUUUUGCAGCUGGGCUGAGAGAGAGCUGGGAUGCCAUUUCAGUCAGCUCUGUUGUACUGGACUGCUGCUGGGCACCUCUCUGGUCGCUUUUGGCAAGUUUCUCUUUUAUCAGGGUUCUCCUAAGUAUGUGUUUUCGGAAACCAUUAAUGCUUGUGCCGAUCGCUUUAAGCACUACCGUGCUUUCUUCGCCAGCGCGUGGAGUGUACUCACGCGGUGGGAAGAGGAGGAGCCUGCAGAGCGAUCCAUGAUCAUACCUGUCAGUGUUUUCAAGGCAGCCUUAGCAGUUUCGCUGCUCUGGGGAUGGCCAUACUUCGCUGCUGCUUUGAUGGUCGCGUUCAACGGCCUUCUCAGACCUGGUGAGUUCCUCACCUUGAAGCGACGCAACCUGCUGCUGCCUCGCGACCUUCUGUCUGAUUUACCGGUGGCGUAUGUUCGCCUCUUGAAUACUAAAACCAAGCGCUUCAUGCUGCGGCAACACGCCAAAAUUUCAGAUGCGCUCACUGUCAAGUUUCUGGAUGCAAUCUUUGGUUCCUGCGCGUACGCCGAGCCUCUUUUCAACUGCUCGCCGUACGUGUUUCGGCGCCGCUGGGACGCUGUGUUUCAAACUUUGGGGGUCCGCACUGACGAAAGCUCUGAUGGCGUCACUCCCAAAUGUCUCCGAGGCUCCGGAGCGACAUGGCUGUACCAAGUUACCGAGAACAUUAGCAGCAUACAAUGGAGAGGGCGUUGGCAACAGCGCCGCACCCUGGAAUAUUACUUACAAGAUGUGACUGGCCAGCUCUUGCUUGCCGACUUGGCAGAGAGCCAUAGGCAACAAAUCCGCGCGCUGGCUGCGUCGUCCGGCGCACUGAUGGCCCACUUCGUACAUAGCUCUGGCUUUCAGCCGUAA